AUGUGGCAAAAAAAGAAGAAUGGACUUGGGCUUUUGUAGACAAGUGGACUUAUGAAUAUUUUAUAUUGUCUAUCUGUGGAGGCUGACACCUAAUCGCUUUUGUUUGUGGAAAACGUUUUAGAAGAGGGGGAUUUGUGUUGUGUGUAAUAAGCUUUCCUCAAAUCUUCUCUUCCUUUCCAUCCAAAACGAAAUGAACAAUCUCUAUUCACGGAGAUUCAAGUCCCUUUGAUUCACAAUCUCAACUUUGUUGGUCCGUCCCAAACAAACUCUGUUGUGAAGAUCUCUACAGUUAUUGAUGUUUGAUCAUCUGUGAUCUUAUUUGGCUUAAGCAUCAACAUCAUUUCUCUCGCUACUCUAUAUCACGAUCGGUGUUCUAUCCCUACUUAGCAUCAAUCAAAGGUAGCUCCUUUUUUUUUGUUUCUCACCAAAGAUUCUAUCUUUACCAAUGAAACUAACUAUAUAGAUCACAGGACUGAACAAUGCACUAGUCAUAUGGUUUUUGCUGAUUUUCAGUGAGUUUUAUUAUAUUAACAUUUGGUUGAGAGCAGUGCCCAAUGGAUACUACUACUACAACAUCAAAUAGUAUUGUUAGCCCUUCUACUACGCUACAACUCUGUAGCAUCAUCCCUGAGAAUCCCCUCGCGGCUAUGGAGUUGCCAUUGCCUUCCUUUCUGUCUCUGAAACGACACUGCCUUGGCAACAACUCUGCUCCCGGAGAGUUCUUCUUGGCUUCUUGUCCUUCCAUUGUCCUUCACCUCCUCACAACUUGUGACUUGUCUCCUCGUGACCUUGCCAAACUCGAGGCGACGUGUUCCUUCUUUAGGAAGCCUGCAAACUUCUCUCCGGACCUUCAACUCUCCAUCUCAGAGGUCGCAGCUCUCGACAUUUGCCUAAAGAAGUCGAUAUUCGAACACAUGGGAGAGGAAGACCGCCAAGAGAUCAAAAGGAAGUGCGGAGGCUCCUGGAAGCUGGUUCUGAGGUUCUUGCUAGCUGGUGAAUUAGGUUGCAGACGUGAGAAAUCACAAGCACUCGCUGGUCCUGGUCACAGCAUUGCAGUGACAUCAAAAGGAGUUGUUUACUCUUUCGGAUCCAACACUUCAGGACAACUCGGACAAGGAACUACUGAAGACACUUGGCAGCCUAGACCAAUCAGAUCACUCUCCGGGAUCAGGAUUAUUCAGGCAGCUAUUGGCGCUGAUAGAACAAUGUUAAUAAGCGACGCUGGUGAAGUUUAUGCCUUUGGGAAAGAUUGUUUUAGCCAGCCUGGAUUAGAAGACCAAGAAACUAAGCUCAUCACAACUCCACAAAGAGUCAAGUCCCUGACGGAGAUCUUCGUGGUUCAAGCUGCUAUUGGAUAUCAUUUCACAGCGGUUUUGUCUAGAGAAGGGAGAGUCUAUACAUUAUCAUGGGGAAAAGAUGAGAGACUUGGUCAUGGAAGUGACCGUAACUGUGUGUUGCCUCAUCCUUUGUUGGGGCCCUUGGAGAACAUUCCGGUUGUGCAAAUUGCUGCUGGUUUUUGCUAUCUUCUUGCUCUGGCAUGUCAACCUACCGGCAUGUCGGUUUACUCUGUUGGAUGCGGUUUGGGUGGGAAGCUUGGGCAUGGUACACAAGCCAGUGAGAAACAGCCUCGGUUGAUAGAGGAGUUCAGUGUUUUGAAGAUGGAACCGGUUAUGAUCUCAGCAGGGACAUGGCAUGCUGCGGCGGUGGGGAGAGAUGGGAGAGUCUGCACGUGGGGUUGGGGACGGUUUGGCUGCUUGGGUCACGGAACCGGAGAGUCUGAGUUGGCUCCCAAGGUGGUUGAGGGAUUAAAAAAUGUUAAAGCAGUCCACGUCGCCACAGGAGAUUACACAACCUUUGUUGUGUCUGAUGAUGGUCAGGUUUACUCAUUUGGUAGUGGAGAGUUCGCCAAUCUUGGUCAGGGGGAUGAGGAUGACAAUACACUGACACCAAAUCUGGUUUCGUCGUUGAAGGAGAUAAAAGAGCGUGUGGUUCAUGUGAGUUUGACAAACUCUAUAUCAUGGGGUGGUCAUACAUUUGCAAUGACAGAGUCAGGAACGGUCUAUGCGUUUGGGACAGGGGAUAGAGGACAGCUUGGGGUGGAGCUUGGUGAUAACUUGACGGAAAGAGCUGAACCGGCUAAAGUUGUCGGUAUUGAUCUUUCUUAAAGAUGUAAAAGAAACCCCAUCUUCUUAGUUUAGGUUUGCAUCACCAUUGAUCUUUGCUACUAAUGUUUUAAUGAAGUGGUUGUACAUAGUAAUUUAGUAACAUGAAGGUAAUGAUGACAUGUAAGAAUUGUUAGAUGGUUUAUGUUACUUUUGUUAGUUUAACCGACGAAUCAAGGAAACAAAUAAAUGUUUCUUUAGAUAUU